AAGUGGUGCAACUCAUUUCCUGCAGCCCCCCGGAAUACACACAGCGAGCAGAGGGGCAAAGCAGCAGCAACAUAAAAAAAAAACAUCUAAAAAAGGUUUGCGAGUGAAGGACAAAUGGCUCUCCUUGUUAAAGCGACAAAAAUGCAUUGAAUUUCUUUAGCCUUUUUUUAUUUUUUAAUUACAGCCGGCUUCCAUUUCCACUCUGUUACACUUUACAUGUUAUGAGAGCUCUCAGUACAAGCUGUUGCCAACAAAGAAACAAACUCAAGAGUCAAAACAGGGAACCCGCCCAUAGAAGACAGAACAGUGGAUGGAAGAGCGCGAGAGGGAGUGAAGAGGACGGAGGUUAAGAUACAGGGGCUGGUCAACAGUGUCAGAACAUAUCAAAUCCAGGCAGACUCCUGCUCCUUGGCCUGCCAAUCUGAACGACAACCUCCCCACUACUCACACUCUCUCUCACACACACACACACACACACACACACACACACACACACACACACACACACACACACACACACACACACACACACACACACACACACACACACACACACACACACACACACACACACACACACACACACACACUGCUCCGAGCAUCUUCAGCGAUGCCGACAGGGUCCCAGCCAUCUGUCAGCCCCUCUCCCAGCCUGCCCCUGUGUGCCCAGCCCUGAGCCCUGACCCCUAACCACAAACUGACCCCGUGGCUCUAGGAACCUCCCCCCAGUGCAGCUGUCCUCCACACAGCCAGGUGGCGCCCUGACCCACCGCCAGACAGGCAGCGCUACUAACAGGCAUGGCUCCAAUUCGGGACUCGGCCAGCCACUCUCCUAACCAAACAGAUCUGGACCACCCUGGCCUGGAUUCUCAGUAUGAGAAUUGCCCCUGGAGCUCUGGUUCUCCCUGCAGCAGAGACAGUAACUGGGACACGGUGCUGGUAGACUCGGUCGGCAGCGACACGCCUUCCUCCUCCUCCUCCUCCUCGGCAGCCGGCAACGACCCCGAGCUCACCUUAGAAUGCCUGGACACGGACUCUGCCUCUAGCUCUGGUGGCUCGGAGAGGAACUUGGUCACCGCGAUGACGUCGUCGUCGCCGCCGCCUCCCGGAGGCCGUAACGGGAACCACUUCUCCCCGUUGACUAACGGCGGCGUUCCUCCCGGUAGCAGCAAUAACAUCAUAACGUGUAACGGGGCGGCGAAUGGCCCGCGGGGGUGCGUGGCCAACGGCUCCGUGGCCAACGUCGGCCCCAACGACGCCUCCGCCCCCGCCGACGGUAGCCACGGCAACAAGCCGAGCCCCUGGGCGUCGGCCAACGGUGCUGGUCUGACCCCCGGCACUCUGAACCCAAAAGUUAACCACGGUGCCUGGCCCGGUCCCCAGGGACCCUCCGGCUGUAGGAUUGUCCAGCAGGGAGGCUCUCUGGCCUGGGGAGGGACACAGGCGGACAGCCUCUCUCUGUCUGAACAGCCGCAGCGCCUCCUCCUGAAUGAUACCACUGUCAAGACUCGCCACCUUAACACGACCAACGGACCAAAUAACACUACUAACGCCAUCGACACCUCUAGCUUACCAAACUCUACAGGCGGCUCGGUGCACAGGAACGAGUCCGGCUCGGGGCUGCGUUCCUGGGCAGCGGGAGGAGGAGGAGGAGGAGCGGGGUCAGAGCUUGGAAAUCAGCUCUCCAACGGUACCCUGUCUGGCGCCCAGCAUCCCCACAGCGAGGGCCUGGCAGGGGGCUUCUCUAAGCCCUGGGGGGGCCUCGGGCCCUGGAGACACUGUAAACGGCCAGGGACACGGCCAGCCCUCCCCUGCUGCUGCUGCUGUUUACAACAGUAAAACUAAC